AUGAGGUCCGAAGCAGCAGCCGCAGAGGCCUUAUGGGGAGGGCCGAGGCUGUCUCCACGAACACAGAAACAGCAGCAGCAGCAGCAACAGCAGCAGCAACAGCAUCUGCAGCAACAGCAUCUGCAGCAACAGCAGCAGCAGCAGCAACAGCGCAGCGGACGCAAGGCAGCGGCAGCAGCAACGUUUGCACCACAUGCUGCUGCUGGAGAGAGCAUGCCCAGGUCUAGGCUGCAGGUUUUGCUGCCUCUGCUGCUGUUAGCUGCAGCCGGUGCUUCGGCCUUCGUUGUACACCGUAGCAGCAGCAGCAUCAGCAGCAGCAUCAGCAGCAGCAGCAGCAACAUAAGCAGCAACAGAGCCAAGCCAACAACCGCAGGCUUGCUGCUGCCCGUGGGAUUGAGAGUUCCUUCAGGCGGAGAUCGAGGGCAUCUUCCGACUUCUGCAGCAACAGCAACCGCAACAGCAGCAGCAGCAACAGCAGCAGCAGCAGCAGCAGCAGCAGCAGGUGUAUCUCAGCAGCACUUUGGGGCUGCAUGCGCCGCUCGAAAUUGGCGCGGGCAGCGCCAUUCCCCAGAAGUGCACCCUCACAGCAGCAGCAGCAGCAGCAGCAGCAACAGCAACAGCAGCAGCAGCAGCAACAGCAGCAGCAGCAGCAGCAGCAGCAGCAGCCGUUUGUAUGGGUUUCGGUUUGGGGGGGGUAGCUUUAGUGAAAGUUUUAAGUGGGAGGAGACAGCCGAUGAGGUGCGGCUGGAGCUGCUGCUAGACCCCACAGUAACAGCAAAUUCUGUCUCCUUUUCGCUGAAGGGACAGAGGCUUACAGUUGGCGUCAAAGGGUUUAAACCUUUCUUGCAAGGCACUCUUGUGGGGCGAGUAGAUGCCUCUCAGUGUCUCUGGUUCCUUGAGCCUUACAACCCUCCUCCUUCUCCUCAGGAGCAGCAGCCGCAGCAGCAGCAGCAGCAGCGGCAGCGGGGGGAGGCUGCAGCAAAGAAGCUAACAGUUGUGCUCUCCAAGCACAAGGGGACAGGUGAAGUAUCCUUUGCUGAUGGUGCUGGCGCCCAUUGGGGUGCUGUCUUUCAGGAGACACAAGCAGCAGAAUCUGCUGCUGCUGCUGCUGCUGCUGCAUGCACUCCCCUUAGCAGCGGCGGAGACAAAAACUACCGCCCUUCUUCUCACGCCAGGACUCCAGGGGCAAUUCUUGCAGAGUUAGCUUUGCCUCCUGCCAUGUUAGGUUAUCUUCCUUCUCAGCAGCAGCAGCAACAGCAGCAGCAGCAGCACGAGCAGGAGCGUGAGCUGCUGCAGCGGGGCCUAGCUUUCCUGGAUGCCUGGGCUAACGCGAGGAACCCCCAUCUGCUGCAGCCGCAGCAGCUUUCAGUGUCUCCUCACUUUGGGGCUCCGGAGACGCUUUUGCUGCUGCACACGGAGCCCCUCCCAGACGGCGUGCUGCUGCUGUUCAUGUCCCCAGACGAACUCAACAGCAGCAGCAACAACAGCAGCAGCAGCAACAGCAGCCGCAGCAGCAGCGGAGAGCAGCUCUGGCCUCAGAAUGAAGGCAUAGAACUGCGGCUGGUAUUCAGCGAUUCACGCCCCCCUAUAAUACCCAGGCAGCAGCAGCAACAGCAGCAGCAGCAGCCGCAGCUGCAUGUUGUUGCUAUUCGCCGUUCUGACGGUGCAGCAGAGCUCCACAAGUAUGGAUCUGAGGUCUAUGGCCACCUGCAGGAGACGGAAGAGCGAAUCGUAAGAAAACUCGAGCAGGAUAUUGCUGCUGCUGCUGCUGCUGCAGCUGCUGAUGGAGGACGAGGGUUGCCAGAAGAGACUGCUCCCCUUGGGAUGCAGCAGCAGCAGCAGCAGCAGCAGCAGCAGUCGCUGCAGCAGGAAGACAAUGCCCUCGAGAAGCUUAGACGCAUGGAACAGCUACACCUAAACUCCCCACACCCUGGGGGCCCCCAAGGGGGCCCCCCACCAUUGGGGCCCCCCCAAAGCACUGGGGGGCCCCCAAAGGAGACAGUGCGCGUGAUUGGCUCAUACCCUGCGCUAAGCCCUGAACAGGAAGCUUCAGCGGAAGGCCAAGCCGCAACAGUGCAGCAGCAGCAGCAACUGCAGCAGCAGCAACAGCAGCACCAGCAGCAACAGCCACAGCAACAACAACAGCAGCAGCAGCAGCAGCAGGAGAAAUUAAAACAGCAACCUGUCUCUCACUGCUGCGAGAAGGGAGCGCAUGAAGCGGAGAAGGGCAGGAGCAACGAAAACAAAGACAGCGACAGCAGCAGCAGCAACAGCAGCAGCAGCAGCAAAGAGAGAGCGGCGUUAAGAGAUAAGCUGGGGAUCGAGUUGCUGGACUUCAGCUCCAAGACGGCAGCUGUCCCCGCCUUCAUGGCAAACUGGUCCCCAGAACGGCGGCGGGCCUUUCAAGAAGACACAGCAGAUGCUGUUGCUGAGCGCCUGCAGGGGGCUUUGUCUCCUUCCCCGCAGCUAACGUUUGCUGAUCUAGAGCAGCUGCUGCAGCAGCAGCUAAACUGCACUUCGGAGGAGUUUAGGGAGGUGUGGCAGGGAGGCUACGAACGAUGCGAGCAGCAGCAGCAACUGCUGCAGCAGCAGCAGCAGCAACAACAACAACAACGGGAGGGGCCUGCAGCAAUAGGCUCGCAGCAGCAGCAAGUCGCUGUGAUGUACAUACAGCAGCUCGAAGAUCAAAUUAAUGCCCCUCUAGGGACGCACGAAGCAGCAGCAGCAGCAGCUGCUGCUGCUGCAGCAGGAGAUGAUGCAACAGCAGAGACGCAUGCAGCAGAAGGAGACGACAGAACAGAUGCAGGCAUUAAAAGGAGACAAAAUAUCAUAGACCCAUUUGCAGGGCCUCCAGAAGAAUUGGCGCCUCCUAAUCAAAUGCAUCUCGUCCCCGCUCUACAAGAAGUCCCUCGCCACCGCCGCUAUUUGCUGAUGGAUCAGCAGCAAAGAGACAAAGUGUGCCGCGAGCUGCAGCAAGAGAUUGCACGCUUUGAUUUGCUGCUGUCGGAGUUGGAGGCCCAAGAGGACCGCAGCGCCUGGCUCUUCAUAUGCGAGCAGUACAAAGACUUAUUACUUAGCGAAUCCUACUUUUUGCUGCUAACAAUUCGUCUCCUCAAAACACCCCCAGUCGCUCACGCCAACAGAGGCCCCUCACCCGCUGCUGUGGGGGCCCCUGGGGGGCCCCCUAUAGGGGCCCGCGUGGAGGCCCCUGGGGGGGCCCCUGGGGAGGCCCCUGGGGAGUCCCCUAGGGGGGCCCCUGGGGAGUCCCCUAGGGGGGCCCCUGGAGAGUCCCCUAGGGGGGCCCCUGGAGAGUCCCCUAGGGGGGCCCCUGGGGAGGCCCCUAGAGGGGCCCCUGGGGAGGCCCCUGGGGGGGCCCCUGUGGGGGGCCCUGAGGGAGCCCCGAGUGGGUAUAAGGGGUCAUCAUUAUGGGCAUUGGAGGAGAGGGAGCGUCUGCGUUUUGUAAAUCGGUUUGUGCUGUCUCUUUAUGAAGAUUUGGGGGCCUUACUGCAAGCAAAUGCAGCUACACAGCUUAAGAAGAUAAGACUGCUGUGCAUGCAGGCUAUGGAAGAUGUCUCUAAACUCAAUGAAUAUGCGGAGUCUAUGAAGCCUUUGUUUGACAGAGACUUCUUUGCUUUUCUUUUAACUGCUAUUCAAGAAGAAAGAAGAGCUAUUGCGUCUCAGGGGCUAAACCCCGAUGCAGCGCCGAGCCAGUGGCUGUUGGUGUUGUUAGUAAUCCAAAAGGGAGUAAUGUCUCUCUUUGAACACGAAAUCAGAGAAGAUGUGCUGGACUUGGGGUUUAUUUUGGUGCAGCAGCAGCCGGAUGUGCGGCGGCGUCUCCUCGAGUUGUGGAUAGCGCGGCUGCCUAAGUGCGACUGGAGACAAUUUAAACACCUGGGCCUCAAGAUUGCUGCUGCCUUCAAAAACGGCCACUACACCUCUGCUGCUAUAUCUGCAUACCCGUGGCUGCCUGCUGCAGCGCAGCAGCUGGGGAGAGACCUGGAGCAGCUGCUGCCGGAGUGGCUGAUAGAAGGGAUGCUGUCAGACUAUGAUCGACACGUCAUGAAAACCCUCUUGGCAAAGCGGCCUUUCCUCUUUGGAAGCGUUGAGGAGCCCAAACCACCGGAGGCUGGAAGCCCUGAACAUAUUAGUACAGCGGCGAGCAAACAUCUGCUGCAGCAGAUCGAGGAAGCAGCAGUAAGUCGGCUACUGCGCAGGAAGCCUUUAAAGAAAGGCCGAUACUACACGAGAGGACAGGAGAGGCAGUAUCCUAGACAGCAGCAGCUGCAGGAGCAGCUGCUGCUGCUGCAGCUGCUGCUGCGGCAACAACUCUUGCUACUGCAGCUACUGCUGCAGCUGCUGCUGCAGUGCUGCAGCAGCAGGACAGGAGGGGCUGUCUCUUCGCCGGCAGCUGCACCAACAGCUGUUGCAGCAUCUGCUGCUGCUAAAGCUGCUGCUGCGGUAACAACUCUUGCUACUGCAGCUGCUGCUGUUGCUGCUGCUGCAGUGUUACAGCAGCACCGGGGGCUGGCGUCCCUUAGGGAAGCCCCCAGUGUCUCCGUUUGA